AUGGUGAAAUCAUUUGAUGAAGAGGUAACAUUGAAGAUGUUGGAAGUCAAGAAGAUGGUUGCAGGUGAACAUAUUCAAGUGUUUGUUGGUAUGAUCGAAAGUGAGGGAGAAAAUAAAAGUGAAAAACCCCUUCCACAAAAAGUUUCAAGCAUAGUCUCUCAAGUUCCCGCAGCUCAUGUGUCUACCAAAGUUCCUAAGUUCGUUGAAAACGUCAAGAAGAAAAAGAAAGUGGAAAAUCAAGAUGAGGAGAUGAAAUUGGGAAGUGAGUUAAAGAGAAAAGUGCGAAUAAAAUCGGGCCAGUUACAAGCUCACUCUCACAAGUUGGUUGACAAGAGAGGGAAGAAGCCUAAGGACAGGGGUAAGCCGUAUGGUAGAGGUAAUCAGAAGACUAGUGAUUGGAAGAAGCCUAGUGAGGGAGACUCUAGUGCUCUUGUUAGGUGCUACAGGUGCGACGAAGCUGGACAUCGCAGGCAUGAAUGCAAGAGUGAAGAAAAGAAGUGUUUCAAAUGCGGUAAGGCAGUGCAUGUUGCGAAUGAUUGUAGAGGGAAGAUCGUGACUUGCUACAACUGUGGUGAAGAAGGUCAUAUCAGUCCGCAGUGUACGAAACCAAGGAAGAAUCAGUCUGGUGGGAAAGUGUUUUCCUUGUCUGGGUCAGAGACUACUCUCGAGGAUUGA